UAACGACACACCCCUCCGCACCGCACGCCCAGCAUGUUCAUCAUCAACUGGUUCUGGGACAUCCUGGCGCAGCUCGGCCUCGCGCACAAGAACGCCAAGAUCCUCUUCCUCGGCCUCGACAACGCCGGCAAGACGACGCUGCUGCACAUGCUCAAGAACGACCGCCUCGCGACGCUGCAGCCGACGCUGCACCCGACGUCCGAGGAGCUCGCCAUCGGCCAGGUCAAGUUCACGACGUACGACCUCGGCGGCCACCAGCAGGCCCGCCGGCUGUGGAAGGACUACUUCCCCGAGGUCGACGGCAUCGUCUUCCUCGUCGACGCACAGGACCACGAGCGCUUCGGCGAGAGCCGCGCCGAGCUCGACGCGCUGCUCGCCAUCGAGGAGCUCGCGCGGGUGCCGUUCCUGAUCCUCGGCAACAAGAUUGACGCGCCGGGCGCCGUCAGCGAGGAGGAGCUGCGCAACGCGCUCGGGUGCUACCAGACGACGGGCAAGGGCAAGGUGCCGCUCAAGGACAUCCGUCCGAUCGAGGUCUUCAUGUGCUCCGUCGUCAUGCGCCAGGGCUACGGCGAGGGCUUCCGCUGGAUCUCGCAGUACAUCUAAGGGCUGGGCGCGCGCCGGGCCGCGCGAGCUGCCGCUUGGCGACCGGCGCAUCGGGGACUGCGAUGGAGUGGCGCGCCGGCCGGGCCGGCGAGCUUCGUGCCACAGCGGGGACGGUGCGGGC